GACAAUGAUAGAGGAAUGGGACCUCUAAACUGCCAUACUAAAGAAGUUCGCAAGGAAGGGACAUGCCAAAUCAUUUGAAUAAGGCUACAUUGAUUUGAUUUGAGCUUCUGCAUUUCUAAUCCAUGGUUUUCCAUGUCAAUCAGGGUAGCGUAGGCCCUGUAUCCACUACCACUGUUCUUGCUGAGUCAGGCCCUAGCGGGCAGGUGCAUCUCUUAUCAACAUCAGUUUCUCAUCUACCUGACAGGCCUGACCAGCCAGAAUGCCGGCACUUCAUGAGCACUGGAAGCUGUAGAUAUGGAUCUGAUUGCAAAUACCAUCACCCAAGAGAGAAGUUUGCUCAAUUGGCAUCAAAUUCCUUAGGUCCAUUUGGGCUUCCCUUGAGACCUGGGCAACCUGUAUGUCCCCACUACCAUCUUUAUGGACUUUGCAAGUAUGGCCCAACUUGCAAAUUUGAUCAUCCCUCGACAGGAUAUUCAUAUGGCUAUAAUUGGAACCUGUCUACUGUACCUGUUGUUGAUCCAUCUAGUUUCUCAUAUCAGAGAAAUCCAGCAUUCCAGCCAUUUGAUACGGCUCCCUCUAAAUCGUCAAAGGUUGCUGAGUGGAUUCGAAAAUCUGAUGCUGCAAGCAAAGAAUAUCGGAACCCGGACACUACUACUUCUGAAGAUUCACCAGAACAUACUGGUUCUCCAACAAAUUCCUUGCCAAAUUCUGAACUUCCACAUGACCAGUCUGAUUGAGUCAUUUUCUUAUGCUUCCUUUUUCUACGUUUCAUUUUGUUGUGUAGUUCCUGUCAAAUGAGUAGCCUGUGACUUGUGCCUCCUGUUCUCCCCCACCCUUUUUGACUGGGAUUCUUUGGAAUGGGAUAGGUUGUUUGGAGGUCCCAUGCCACGAGUAAAAGUUGGGGGUUUGGCAGACUUUUUUUGUUGAAUAAAAUGCAGGUGGAUAUAUUAUAGAGUACCUUUAUUAUUGUUUCGUUUUUUUCCAGAUGAUAUUUGUUUUCUUUGUGAGUUUGCGGUGAGUGAUUCAG